UGAAAGAGCAGACGCGACUCUCGUUUCUUUUCUUUGAAUCCUGUUUUACAGGUAAAAACAUGGACAUACAAAAGAGAAACAUUUGAAUAUACCAACGCAAUUGCACUGUAACCAUGUUUAGUGAAUGUAAAGUGUUAAAUGUGUUUUACUUGGUGACGUUUUGUUUGUUCUGAUGUAUGCUCACUUUAACAUGGGGAAAAUAAGUUUAAGUUAUGCUCCAGUGGUCAUUAUACCUAACUAGUGUGGCAUUAAUAGUUGUUUGGUCAUAAAAAGUUUGUUUGCUCAUGAGAAUGAGUCAAUAGCGUUAAGUGUAUCUUUGAAGCUCACUCUGUGAUCACAUUUGGCGCGCUUGCCAGUCACGUGACCAGGCACUGAGGGAAGCAUAGAAAGCCACUGAAUCUCUGUGUGUCCAUCAUAAUACAUUCCUGUGGAGGUAAAAGCGUGAAUUGUUUUCCACAAUGGUUUUAAGGAGCAAGUGCCUUUUGAAAACAGAUUUUCCCCCGUACAUAUGAACUUAAUUCAUACUAAAUCUCAUUGUGUUAAUGAAUAUUGGUAUUACUGGUUAUAAAACAUGUAAGAUAUAAAAGUUAAAUGUUAACUGAAGAUGGUAAAGUGAAGAAAUGAGACGGAGUGACAGAAAGUGCUUUAUUUUGGUGUUGGUGACAAAAGAGAUGUAGUGAGACAGAUAAAAUAAUGUGAAAUAAUGCUUUAAAAGCAAUUGUUGUGUUAAAAUUGAGUUUUUGGGCAUUAAAUAAAGAUAUCUGCAGAGGAGCUGUGAAAGAGCAGACGCGACUCUCGUUUCUUUUCUUUGAAUCGUGUUUUACAGAUAACAGUAAUCUGUCAGCUGGGUCUCCUGAGCCGGGGCCUGCAACAUAAACAUGGGUUACAGCACAUACAACUACAGGGUGGCCCAACAAUGGUCUUAAGAACAACAGGAAGUGUGUUGGUGGUCUUUCUCUUAUCUCUGACAGUUUUACUGGGUCAGGGUGACUGGGAUGUGACCUACUCCACUCAGAGUAUCUGUGUCUUGAAGGGGUCAACAGUGGAGCUGAGCUGCACCUACAAGUAUCCAAGUGGUCAUAAAGUCACAUCAACCUUCUGGUUCACUAGAAAUGAUGCUGAUGGGAAUCCUUUGAACCUGAGUGAUGACCCAGACUACAGAGGUCGUGUGACGUAUCGUAACCAUACGAAUAAUAACCACACCCUGAUAAUCACAGACCUGAGAGAGACUGACUCAGCUCAGUACAAGUUCAGAUUUAUUACAGAUCAGGCUAGUGGGAAAUGGAUUGGCCGACAUGGAGUCACUCUGUCUUUUCCAGGUGUUCAGGUGGUGGUGACUGGUGGAGAUAUGAAGACACUGACCUGUAGACACUGUCCUCCACCUAGUAACCCCAACCCCACCUACAUCUGGUACAAGAACGGACAACAGAUAGAUGAGAGCUCCUCCCCCCAGUACAAAGACCCAGUCUACAGUAACCAUGAAGACAGUUACUCCUGUUCUGUUAAAGGUCAUGAGGAUCUCCACUCUCCUACAGUGUGUGUUAUGGGUCAGUACUGUAACAGAGUGACAUACACCAAGAGGAGAAUCUAUGUCUUGAAGGGGUCAUCAGUGGACAUAUCCUGUACUUAUGUUGGUUAUAAUGAUAUCACAUCAUCACUGUGGUUUAGUCCUAAACAGAGUGGUAGGGGGAGGGAUAAGUUGAUCCCUGAGGACCUAACCACAGACCCAGGGUAUGCAGGUCGGGUGGAGUAUUCUAACCAAGAGAGUAGAAGAUACAGCGGUACCUCCACCCUGAGAAUCACAGAUCUGAGAGAGGAGGACUCAGCUGAGUAUCGCUUUACUUUUAAAACAUCUAAUUUUCAAUGGGGUCAUAGUUUCCCUGGAACAACUCUGACUGUAACAGAUCUACAGGUGAAGAUUAGUCCUGCUACAGUGACUGACGGACAUACUGUAACACUGACCUGUAUCAUAUCCUGUCCUCUGACUGACAACCCCACCUACAUCUGGUAUAAGAAUGAACAACCUAUUACAGAAGACCAUUCCAGCUUGUAUGUUAACUACUUCAGUGAAAGAGACAGUUACUCCUGUGGUGUUAAAGGCCAUGAUUUGCUCCGAUCUCCUGCAAUGUGCCAGAAGUGUUGGAGUGUGAAUAUCACCUCUCAGAGCAUCUGUGCCUUGAAGGGGUCAUCAGUGGACAUACCCUGUUCUUACACAUAUCCCAGACAUCAUGAGGUCAAGAAAACGUUCUGGUUCACUAAAUGGGAUCCUGACAAGGAGCCUGAAGAUGUCAUCUUGGUACCAGGGAAUGAGGAUCAUAUAGAAUACCAUGGAGAUAAGAAGAAUGACUGUACCCUGAGAAUCUCACACCUCAGAUUAACUGACUCCUCUGAGUACAGGUUUAGAUUCAUUACAUCUGGAGGAAGGUUUUCUGGCUCUUCUGUCUCCCUGACUGUCACAGAUGUUGUGUUGGAGAUGGAGCCUACAUCUGUGUCAGAGGGGAACAGGGUCACUCUGACAUGUACAACUAAAUGUAGUCUAGACAACAACCCACAAUACAGUUGGUAUAAGAAUGGACAGCCUAUAGAAAACACCAACACCAACUCUACUGUCCAUAUCCUCUCAGUCAGCAGUGAAGAUGCAGGCAGAUACUCCUGUGGUGUCAAAGGUCAUGAUACUCUACGCUCUCCUGAAAAGACUCUCAAUGUCACAUAUGCCCCAAAGAACACCUCAGUGUCAGUUAGUCCCUCUGGUGAAAUAAUGGAGGGCAGUUCAGUGACUCUGACCUGCAGCAGUGAUGCCAACCCACCUGUGGACAACUAA